AUGACUCAAAGUAACUUACUACCAAAAACAUUUCGUACCAAAUCUGGGAAGGAGAUAUCAAUUGCACUUGGAACAGGGACCAAAUGGAAACAAGCCCAAACAAUUAACGAUGUUAGUACUGAGUUGGUGGACAAUAUCCUUUUGGGGUUAAAGUUGGGUUUUAGACACAUUGAUACUGCUGAAGCUUACAACACGCAAAAGGAAGUUGGUGAAGCCCUCAAAAGAACCGAUGUUCCAAGAGAGGAUAUUUGGGUUACCACAAAAUAUAGUCCAGGUUGGGGUUCAAUCAAGGCAUACAGUAAAUCGCCAAGUGAUUCAAUUGAUAAAGCUUUGGCACAGCUUGGUGUUGACUACGUUGAUUUAUUUUUGAUUCACUCCCCAUUCUUCACCACUGAGCAAACUCAUGGAUAUACAUUAGAGCAAGCUUGGGAAGCUUUGGUUGAAGCAAAGAAGGCGGGAAAGGUUAGAGAAAUUGGUAUCUCAAAUGCUGCUAUUCCACACUUGGAAAAACUCUUUGCUGCCUCCCCGAGUCCUGAGUACUACCCUGUUGUCAACCAAAUUGAAUUCCAUCCAUUCUUGCAAAACCAAUCUAAAAACAUUGUUAGAUUUUGUCAAGAGCAUGGGAUCUUGGUCGAAGCUUUUUCGCCAUUGGCGCCAUUGGCAAGAGUUGAAACUAAUGCUCUCGCUGAGACAUUAAAGAGAUUGGCGGAAAAGUACAAAAAGACCGAAGCUCAAGUUUUAUUGAGGUAUACUUUGCAAAGAGGUAUUUUGCCAGUGACAACAUCGUCAAAGGAAAGCAGAUUAAAAGAGUCUUUGAAUUUGUUUGACUUUGAAUUGACUGACGAGGAGGUUAAUGAAAUCAACAAGAUUGGCGAUGCUAAUCCCUAUAGAGCUUUCUUCCAUGAGCAAUUUAAAGAUUUGUAG